UUCAGCUCCUCCUCCUCCUCCUCCUCCUCCUCACUCAAGGAGGACGCGCCGGGUGCGCGCCUCCUCGGCUGUCUCCGCUGGUAUAUAGCAGUGGCUGGGGCGGGGGCGACGGAGCUGUCCGGGACGGGCAAUGCAGUGGAGGCGCCCGGAGGUUCCUCAAGGUAAAGCUGUAUGUACUUAAGAGUUAAAGGAUUCUGAGCCCAAGAAUUUGUUUUGAGUAGUUGAACUGAACAGAACUCACAACCCUCCCCCACAAAAAAUCAUCUUCUGCUUUAUUUCAACUGCAUAAUUUAAGUGUAGAAGAACCCUUCGCAUCUCUCCACGUGUUACGGAACGUAUCCUGAUUUAGAGCCACCGCAAAGCAAGUGAGAAAGAUGAGAACAAACCCUGCCAUCCAAGCUGCCAUUGACCUCACAGCGGGAGCUGUAGGGGGCACCGCCUGUGUGAUGACUGGCCAGCCGUUUGAUACAGCCAAGGUGAAAAUGCAGACCUUUCCUACCAUGUACCGGGGGCUCAUUGACUGUUUUGUGAAAACUUACAAGCAAGUGGGUUUUCGGGGCUUCUACAAGGGAACCACCCCAGCACUCGUUGCCAACAUUGCUGAGAACGCGGUGCUCUUCAUGUGUUAUGGCUUUUGCCAAAAAAUUGUAAGGAAGAUCGUUGGACUGGACACGAAAGCCAAGCUGAGUGACCUUCAAAAUGCUGCCGCUGGCUCCUUCGCUUCAGCCUUUGCCACUCUGGUCCUCUGCCCCACAGAGCUUGUGAAGUGCCGCCUGCAGACCAUGCAUGAAAUGCAGCUAUCUGGGAAGAUAGUGCAAGGGCACAAUACAGUUUGGUCAGUGGUCAAAGGUGUUCUGCAGAAGGAUGGUCCCUUUGGAUUCUACCGUGGUCUAUCUAGCACUUUGCUACGGGAAAUUCCAGGCUAUUUUUUGUUCUUUGGAGGCUAUGAAUUGAGUCGGACGUUCUUCUCAUAUGGGAGACCGAAAGAAGAAUUAGGUCCUGUUGCAUUGAUGCUCAGUGGCGGUUUUGGUGGCAUCUGCUUAUGGAUCGCCGUAUAUCCAGUGGACUGCAUCAAGUCUAGAAUUCAAGUUCUUUCCAUGGCUGGGCAACAGGCUGGCUUCAUGGGAACGUUUGUAAGCGUGUUGCAGCAGGAAGGUGUGUUUGCCUUGUAUUCUGGACUGAAACCUACUAUGAUCCGUGCUUUCCCAGCUAACGGUGCAUUGUUUCUUGCCUACGAGUACAGCCGGAAAUUGAUGAUGAACCAGUUUGAUACAUAGGAAUGUUAUUGUAGACUGUCUGGGUGCAAAAAUGACAGAGUUGUAAAAACCCUCAUGAAACAAAUUUAAAAGGCUGCAGUUUUGAAGUAUCAGUGAAUUUCAAUAAACAUGCUGUGUUUUCUAAA